CAACAAGGUGAUCAAGAGGCAACGGAAAAGCUGUUUAUAUUUACUCUUUCAAUUUUGCUCACAAAAGCAGAGAAAGCAUGACAACUUCUAGUAUGGGAACUCCAACAGCAGAUAUGGAGAAUUACUAUGACUCCAUCACCCCAUCAGCAGAUGAUUAUGAAGAUGACUUUAUGUGUGACAAAUUUUCUGUAAGGGAGUUCCGUGGGUAUUACGAGCCCCCCCUCUACUGGACCAUUGUCAUCCUGGGCGGACUGGGCAACCUGACAGUGAUCUGGAUCUACCUCCAUUUUCGUCAGCGUCUCAAGACUAUGACGGAUAUGUACCUGCUUAAUCUGGCAGUGGCCGACCUCCUUUUCCUGGGGACUCUGCCUUUCUGGGCCUCAGAGGCCACCCAUGGCUGGGGUUUCGGGGCUGGCCUCUGCAAGGUCACCUCUGCAUUCUACAAGAUCAACUUGUUCAGCAGCAUGUUCCUGCUCACCUGCAUCAGCAUUGACCGUUAUGUGGUCAUUGUCCUGCCCACCUGGGCACAGAACUCUAAGACGGAGCGGCUUAUGUACAGCAAGAUGGUGUGCGCCUCUGUAUGGCUGUUGGCUGUGGCAUUGGCCAUUCCUGAGUUCAUCUUUGCAACCUCCAAACCUCAGGACGGCAGCCAUUACUGCACCAUGGUUUAUGAAGACAACAAAGGCAACCAGACCAAGAUCAUGGUUCUGGUGCUGCAGAUCUGCAUGGGAUUCUGCCUGCCUUUCCUAAUCAUGAUCCUUUGUUACACCCAGAUCAUCCGCACUCUGCUUAAAACCAGAAACUUCCAAAAACACAAAGCCUUACGUGUCAUUCUUGUGGUGGUGGCUGUCUUUGUCCUCUCCCAGCUGCCUUACAACAGCGUGCUGGUGGUGGAAGCCACUCAAGCGACCAACAUCACCAUGACCAACUGUGAGGCAGCAAAGCAAUUUGACAUGGCAGGCCAAAUGAUGAAGAGCCUAGCAUACACCCAUGCUUGCCUUAACCCAUUCUUGUAUGCCUUUGUUGGGGUACGGUUCCGCAGGGACGUGAUCAAACUUCUCCGGUCAUAUUGCUGCUGCUGGCCCACCAAGCUCAUUCAAAAAGGAGGACACAUGCGUUCCUCGGGCAUGUCGGACACAGACACAACUCAGGCGCUCUCCUUAUGAAGGGGAAACAUGCGUAAACCCGUGGCAAGUAGCAAGACUCUGUAUCCCUGCUGCUGCAGAAAGAAUGAUUACACAGUUGAAGUAGCCCAGCUGGGUUUAAGAGACAGAGCCUGAAAAUAGAGCUCCUCUUUGUGUCUCAGACCGUUGUAAAUGUCAAAUACAAAGGCUUGUGAUUGACUUACAGUAUGUCAUACAAAACAUGCUCUCCUCUCCUGAACUUUAAGACAAUAUGGACUACAGGGAGAUUUGUGAAGCUAUGUUGUGAAGCCAUAAUACUUCUUCCUGUUUGACCACUCUGAUUGUAUCACUGCUGAGUCAAAAUCAUGUAUAUCAGGUGUUUAUUGAGAUGUACCAUUUACGUGUGCCUUUUAGGAGGUUUUACUGUUAAGUGUUUAUAUAUUUGGAAUGUUGUUCUCGCUUAAAGCCCUGUAAAUAAAAAGGCACACUUUUUUCCUUC